AUGUCGUACGAUCAGGUGCUCUCUGUUCUUGGCGGUGGCGGGAAGGCGGCGGCGGCGAGCGCGUGGAGCGGCCAUGGAAGCAACAUCACGAGGCAGAUCGUCAAGUGCACCAGCUCCUACCCGGGCGACUACUCGGCUGCCGUCGGCGUCCUCGUCGCCGUUUUGGCCCUUUACUGCCUCCUGUCCGCGGCGGCCUUCACCGUGGUAGAGAUCGUCAGGGCUGGCGGCGGCGGCUCCAGGAUGGUGUGCCGGAUCUACGGCGAGGAGCGGCUGAGCGCGUGGACGCGGUCGGCGCUGGAGGCCGCGGGCUGGCUUUUCGUGUCUUGCGACGCCGUGUACCUCGCCGGCUGGGUGAUUGCCGAGGGCGCCAUGGCGAGCGCGGUCGUGUACGGGCUCGUCGCCGGGCUGGUGUUCUUGUGUGUAUUUGGGAAGGUUUACAGAUUCUUGGCGUGGGUGGAGAACAGCCAGGCCGCGGAGGCGGAGGAGGAGCCGAUGGAGCCCGGCCAGUGCGAGAUCGCGCGCCUGCCGGAGGAGAUCCUGUCGGCGGCGCUCUCCCGCACGUCGCCGCGCGACGCCUGCCGCGCCGCGGCGGUCUCCCCGGCGUUCCGCGCCGCCGCCGACUCCGACGCCGUGUGGGCCUGCUUCCUGCCGCCGCCCGCCGACCUCCCGCCGCUGGCCGACGGGGAGCUGCUGCUGCCGCCGCGCGGGAAGAAGGGCCUGUUCCUCCGCCUCUCCGGCAGCCCCGCCCUCCUCCCAGGCGGACUGAGCAUGUGGCUGGACAGGGAGAGCGGCGCCAAGUGCUACAUGGUGCCGGCGAGGGACCUGUCCAUCGCGUGGCGCGACACGCCGCGCUACUGGACGUCCUGGAUCCAUCUCGCCGACUCAAGGUUCCCUGAGAGUGCUCAACUCAGGUUCGUUUGCUGGUUGGAAAUCCGCGGCAGGAUACACAGCAAGAUGCUGUCCCGAGGCUCAGCUUACGCCAAUUACAUGGUGUACAAGUUGGACGACGAGUCCUACGGGCUGGAUUGGCCGGCCGAUGCAUCGGUGAGCAUUGGAGGCACUGACCUUGCCCGCAAGGUCUGCCUCCAACCUAACCCGCAAAGAAGCCAUGCAGAGGAUGUGGUGCUCCCUCGUGAAAGGGGUGAUGGUUGGAUGGAGCUGGAGCUAGGAGAGUUUGUCUGCGAGGGGGAUGAAGAUGGCGACGUUUCCUUCGGUCUGGCGGAGACGAAACGUUUGAACGGCAAGGGCGGUCUCAUCAUGCAGGGAAUCGAGAUAAGGCAUAAGAAUUAA